GUACCUUUGGGUCUCCCUGGGACUGUAUGGGCAUACCGGUGGCCGAAUCAAGUCCUUUCCGACAUUCUGACACGGACAGUUGAGGAUAUCCCUCCUUGGGUUCUCAACUCCGUGAGGCAUCAUCAUGGACCGCGCCGAAUGUUGUGCUGUCUACAUCGAUGACCGCGUUAAAGCCGAGAGAUGGGUCAGGCGGAAUUCGUCUGACGCCUCUACAGGCUCCGCUGGUUCAUUUAUUUUGGCUGAUGAGCCGGAGAUUCUCCAGUCGAACGUUGAAAUGCUACUAGAAAUUAGCAAACAGAUUUACCUGUGCCAUUCAGGAAAGUCUUUUGCUAGUCAAUUAGCAACUCUCACUGAACAGUCAGGGAACGACUGUACGCCUAUCUUCGCUUUUUUCGAUGUCGGCCUUUCUGAAGAACAGGCUUCAGCUCACCGGAGAACGAGCCUGCAGUUCGGCACGGAAUUCCCAGCCGCAUCCUCAUCUGCGGCCGCUCGUCGUGGCAUGAAAUAUUCAUCCGAAUCUGAAGAAUCUUACGGGCUGCAGCUUCUUUUCCAUUUGACAUCAGAUAUCCAGGUGCAGGAUGGACCGAAGUUAGUUGUUCCUGUUGCAAUUCUGCGUCCAUCGGACUCAGCAUUAUCUGGGCCGAGAUCUGGAAGUUCUCAUUUGCCCCUUAUUAUGCGACCCUUCGCUUCUUCAGGAGAGCCGGCGACUUUCCCGACGGAGCAACAGGGCACUGAACUGCCAAUACCUGAGUCGAAACAGAUUGCCCGUUGUCUAGAUGCAGGGGCAGUGGAUGUCUUGACGUCCCCGUUGGAAAAGAAUAGAGUCCACGGUCUGGCGGUUCAUGCUUAUCGUACCCGCAGGGCCGCACAGAAAGAGCUUUCUGGUUUCCUUGCGAAUCGUAAGCUUCGAAAGCAUUCGUGGGUCGGUGUGCAUGACCAGCAACCAUACGCCUAUCUGAGAGAGGCCAUGGUGUCAAAGCUCAUGAAAGGAAUUUGCGUUCCCGAAGAAGUUAUUGAUGACUUCCAAGAUCGCGAGCUUUAUGUCCUCGACGACCGCAAACAAUUUGUUGAACGCGAAAUAGGAAACUGGUGGUUUUGUGCGCACGACUUCACUGAGGACGAACUGGUAUACGGCGCAUGCAAGAUGCUUGAGCAUGCAUUGACCAUGCCAGAACUUGAAGAGUGGAAACUCACACCGGGAGAAGUCAGGACGUUCCUCCUAGCCAGCCGAGCCUCCUACAACUCCUUCGUCUUAUACCAUAACUUCCGUCAUGCUAUCGACGUCCUACAAUCGGUUUUCUUCUUUCUACUCCAGAUUGGCGUUUUGCCGCCGUAUGCAAUGGAUCCGGGUGACGUCCCUACCGUCAGAUCGCCCAUCGCGUCGAUGCUAACACCACUGGAUGCUCUCACUCUUCUUAUUGCAUCAAUCGGCCACGAUGUUGGCCAUCCCGGUGUGAACAACAUCUUCCUUGUCAAAUUGAAUGCGCCUUUGGCUCAACUCUAUAACGACAAUUCUGUUCUGGAGGCUUUCCAUUGUGCCGCGUUUUCUCAGAUUCUUCGCCGACAUUGGCCAGCCGCCUUCAAGGACAGGCAGGUGCGAAAGCUACUCAUUAGCUCCAUACUGGCAACUGAUAUGGGUGUCCAUCAUAAAUUCAUGGAGAGCCUCGGUAGCCUGCAGGAGAAAUAUCAUGAGAAUGAUGACGUGCAGACAUGGAAGCCCCAAGAUAUCGAGAAUUACCGGACUCUCCUCUGCGGUCUUCUCAUCAAGUGCGCAGAUAUCAGUAACGUCGCCCGACCGUGGCGAGUUGCAGAAAAAUGGACAAACAUUCUUCAAGAGGAAUUCGCGAACCAAGGCGAGAUGGAGAAGGAGGUCGGGAUGGAAACGGCCCUAUUUGGAGGUCCCCCAGAGCUGGGAAAUAUUCUCAAGCUCGCCACAGGACAGAUCGGCUUUAUGUCCAUAUUUGCCUUGCCCCUCUUCGAGGGUGUCGCGGAUCUCAUGUCACAAAUGUUAUUUGCAUCGCAGCAAAUUCGGACUAACCAAUCCAUUUGGCAGAGUCUUGCAGACCGGGAGAAACGUAAAUCUCAGCAGUCAGGAGGUCGUGUUGAGAUAACUCGUUCUCCACGCUCCAGGAGCCCUGUUGUGCCAGCGCGCGAACGUUCCGGCGAUUCAGUGCCCUUUUCGACGCCCAAAGAGAAUGUGCCCACUGACGAGGAUUUGACUUCGCCUGAGGAUCGUAAUGGCAGCACCAUAAGUCAGGUUGAUCUGCCUGAGUCUUCCGGUCCAGUCUUUUCAGUGCCGUCAACUGCCCUGGUCACAGAAAGCCCACGCCGUCAGUCGUCAGCUUCUGUAAGGACAAUGGCUCUUCCAGCCGAGCCUGGGGGAUCCGAUACUCCACAAUUCAACCUACGUCCUCAGGUGGAUGAAUCGGACGGCAUGAAGUCGCCCUCGAGCGAAUCGUCAGUCCUAGCUGCUGUUCUCCUAGCAGGCUCAUCUCAGAGAGGGCAGGAGGCUCGAAACUCCAGCCUCAACGGUGGAUAUCCAGAGCAAUCAGAGAGUCGACGCUGCUCGCAUCAGAGUCAUCGGUCUAAUAACCACCAUAACCAUCUCUCUAAGAAUUCGUCGUCUCUGCCAUCGAACUCGAACCGCACCAGCUAUGCCCGCACACAGAGUGGUAGUACAUAUACCAACACGGUGAUGACUCCGGUCUCGCCGGCCACGAAUGCGACCAGUUUCCUUACGGUAGAUAGCGGUGAGGACAAGGACUUCUCUCCUCACGAUGUUUAUGACAGCGGCUGCAGCAGACCAUCAUCUUCCGACGUGCCAAGCUAUGUUCAUCGCGACUAUGAUGGCAAUGGGCAUCUCGGUCCAUACAGACACCAGCGGCGACCAUCUCAUCGUGUUGAGGAUGUCAGUAAAGACGACAUCAAGACGACUAUCGUCCGCAACGGUACCCGCAGUCCUGCUGCUUCGACUGUGGCCAGCGGUAGUGGGAGGACAGGAGAUUCUCACGCAGAGUCUCAUGGCAGUGAUGGUAUGCAGCGGACAGUACCGAGGCGACGGAGCCGUCUUCGUCUAGCCUUUUGGAGACGCAAAAGUCACCCUUCGCAUCCGCAAGAAGUGAGUGGGGAGCUAUAGGAGAACUCGCAUUUGUAACAAUCUCGUUUUGAUGAUUUUGCACGGUGUUCUUGGGGGCGUCGAGUUAUUCUAUUUGGUGUUUUGGCUUAACGCCAGGUGAGGCGUGUCGUUACGAUGUUGGGUUCCGGUUCACAAAAAAAGGUGCAUGAUCUCACGACCGCAUUUGGAUUUCGAGGUUCUCU